AUGGCUGCCGAGGGGAAUGGAGCGCGAGAUGCUGCGCAUACAGGCACCGUUAAUAACUCAUCCGACCCUGAGCAGGAAACGACGGCAGACUCACGGAUACUGGUCUUGCAUCGGACACUGAACCUUUUCCAUAACUUUUCGACUACUUUUGCGGCCCUAUACUUCAUCGGUGGUGUUCGAGUCACAUUUGCCACUGGCAUUGCAGCCGGCGGCAACCUCGCCUACUGGACAAGUUUCAUAGUGACGUGCGUAUUUACUUUCAUCACCGCAGCUGUAAUUGCGGAAAUAUGCUCGUCGCUUCCCUUGGCCGGCUCCAUCUAUCUGUGGGCAGCAGAGGCUGGCGGUCCACGCUUUGGACGUCUGUUCGGCUUCAUUGUCGCGUGGUGGAGUACUACGGCCUGGACUACUUUCUGUGCAAGUUCGUUAUUCCCAGACGAUUUAUAUCGUUUGGAAAGAUGGCGCGGUUCUGACAUGUCUGCAGGCAACACCCAAUCGGCCGUCAACUACAUGCUCUCAGAAAUCGUAGUCUUCAAUCUCGACUUCCCCUCAGGCGCCUCAAGCGUCAAAUUCCGAGCUGUGCAGUGGGUGGCGACCGAGAUCCUGCUCGCCUUGGCCGCAAUUUGGAACCUCUUGCCUCGUCAGUCAUUUCACGUCCUGCUCGAGAACUAUGUUUAUAUACUGACAGUCACAGCGCGAUAUUUCAAGUGGAUCUUUUAUCUGUCCACAUCUUCCGUCAUAUUAGACUUCGUAUUGAACAUGAUCUGGCUUCCCAUUGCCACCUCCAAAACCUAUGGCUUCCGUUCUGCGCAUGACGCGUUUAUGACCACAUACAAUGGAACAGGGGCUCCAGCAGGAUGGAAUUGGUGUCUGUCUUACCUAGCUACUGCUGGUGUCUUAAUCGGCUUUGACGCAUCCGGUCACGUUGCUGAAGAGACUCGGAAUGCAAGCAUUUCAGCAGCCCGGGGAAUCUUCUGGAGCACAGUUGUCAGCGGAUUUGGCGGUUUUGUGGUUGUCAUCCUGUUCCUAUUCUGCGUGCCGUCAUCGGACGUGUUUUUUAGCUUCGGCGGCGCACAACCGUUUGUGCCAUUGUAUGCGGCCAUUCUCGGUGACGGCGGGCACAUCUUCAUGAACAUAAUCUGCAUUAUUGCCCUUUGGUUUAACACUGCCAUUGCAGUCCUCGCCGCGUCACGACUCGUGUUCGCCGUUGCCCGCGAUGGUGUGUUGCCAUUCUCAUCCUGGGUAUCCCAGGUAGUUGACGGGCAGCCACGCAACGCCGUCAUAGUCGUUUGGGCCGUGGCGGCCAUCAUCACUUGCACAAUACUGCCGUCCUCGGUAGCAUUUACGUCUCUGGUCUCCGCCGCCGGCGUGCCGUCUGCGGCAGCGUACGGGCUUAUUUGUAUUGGCCGCCUGUUUCUCACCCCCAACAAUUUCCCCAGAGCUGCUUGGAGUCUAGGGCGCCUUAGCAAACCCUUCCAGGCCAUUUCUAUUCUAUGGAACGGAUGGGUGGUAGCUGUGCUUUACUCGCCGUAUGCGUUCCCUGUGUCGGCCGCUACAUUCAACUAUGCGCCAGUCAUUAUGGGCAUUGUCACCAUCUUUGCUUUGCUUUCGUGGUGGUUUAUUCCGGCUGAGCGGUGGCUACCCAGCGAGCGAAUUCAACAAACGCUAGAUGCAAAGACUCCAGGCAGCCAGCAGAGUUUGACUGAGGGUCAUAUGAAUCCGAAAUAG